UUGGUUGUACGAAGGAGGCAAGAUGGCGUCAUCUUCAACUAAUUUCGAACUCGAGACUUUAGAAGCUCUUUUGGAUAAAUGUACGGAUCCUGCCACUGGCAAAGAAGACUGGCGUUACAUAAACGCAUUUUGUGAUCGAGUGAUCAAAGAUUAUGACGGACCAUUAAUAUCAACAAAAUUGAUAAUUCGUAAACUUCAAACCUUUGAGGAAAAGACAUCUUUGAUGGCACUGUCUGUCUUGGAGUCUUGUGUGAAGAAUUGUGGACAGAAAUAUCAUCAAGAAAUUGGAAAAUUUCGAUUUUUGAAUGAACUUAUUAAACUUCUUUCAAUGAAGUAUGAUGGUCCUCGUACACCACAAACUGUGAAGAACAAGAUAAUUGAAAUAUUUUACUCUUGGAGUGUUGGCUUGCCUGGUGAAACAAAGAUAAAGGAAGCUUAUUUAAUGUUGAAGAGACAAGGUGUUGUUACUGCUGAUCCACAUUUACCAAGUCAAAUUGAAGAGUACAAACCGAAUCCACAACCGAGAAUGGCUCCGUUUGAAGAUGAAGAAAAAUCAAAGCUUUUAUCACGACUUCUGGCCAGCAAACAUCCCGAUGAUCUACAGGCUGCCAACAGACUGAUAAAGAACAUGGUUAGACAGGAUGAAAUAAGGGAAGAGAAGUUAAGUUUACGUAUUAAAGAGCUGGAAAUGGUGCAAAAUAACACAAAACUUUUGAACGAGAUGUUGAAGAAUUUUUCUUCCUCCACGUCUCGCGCAGAAAUCGAUCUUAUGAAGGAACUUUUUGACUCUUGUGAAAAGUUGCGAACCGAUCUGUUCAAGCUUGCGGGCGCUGCCACUGAAGAAGGAGAGGAGACUUUAUCGGACAUACUUCGGGCAAACGACGAACUGGCGACAGUUAUCGCAGAUUACCGACGUAUCGUUGUCGGCCCAGGGGGGAGUGCCACGCCUUCCACUACACCAUCAUCUAAACCAAGUACUGCAGAAUCUCAUCCGAGUAAGGACGCUGACUCAUCCUCUAAUCUGUCUUCUCUCAUUGACUUGGAUAUGAGUGCUGGUGGCAAUACUCAAGCUGCAACUUCUGACACUGGCAACUUGCUUAGUUAUGAUCUUCAGGAUUUAGUUGUUUCUCCUGGUACCACUCAACGUCCUCCUGCAAUGUUACAACACAAUCCCGGCCUUAGUUUUGUUCCUACCCAUCAAAACACCGCUAGUCCCAGGCCUAUGUUCAACACAUGGCACACGGCUACUGUAAGCUCUGGUUAUCCCACCACCAAUAUGACGGUAAACGCUGUCCGGGGGGUGCAACCAUACAACACUGGUGUACAUCGCACGAUGUACCUCCCUGGUCAACAACCAAUGAUGAUUCCCGGGCCGGCUCAACCUUUGUUGCCCAGCGGAAAUUCGUCAUGGUCGGCCAAUAUCGUAAACCGGAUCAAAACAGAAGAGCCGAAGUCUAGGGAACCAUCACCGUUGGAUGUAUUGGGUCAAGAGGCUUUAUCUGCUCAUAAGGAAUCUCAGGGUCAAUCAAAAAUUGAUAAAUCCCAGUUUCAACCAAAAGACUCCAUGUUACUUGAUAUUGGAGACUCAACUUCAUCACAAAUUACACCAAUUCCUCCACCUCCAUCCGCUGUACAAAUGACGAAUGGACCAAAGGCUAAAAACGAUUUUACAUUCGACCAAGUUACCUUGUCUAUGGAUAAAAUACAACCUGGUAAUUUACCACCAAAGACAGUGUUGGAAAAGAAUGACAUCAAAACGGUUAUGCAUUUUGCAAAGGAUUCGUCUGGCAGUCUAAGAACGGAUAUCCACGUUAUUGUUGUAACGACAAUGAGCACAAACACAUCACCCAUAAAGUCUUUCACCUUUCAAUGUGCUGCACCCAAGUCAAUGAAAAUUAAACUACAACCACCUACAUCGAAUGAGUUACCAGGCUAUAAUCCUAUCACUCCACCAUCAACUUUAACACAAGUCAUGCUUCUAUCAAAUCCUGUCAAGGAUCGGAUUCGAUUAAAGUUCCGCAUAUCAUACGAAUUAAACGGCGAAAAAUGUGUGGAAACUGGAGAUUUGGACAAUUUCCCAAUUCUAUGAAAUUGCGUGUAAGUUCAUUCAAUAAGCUGAAAGGGAUUUGUGUUAAAUGAAUGAUGAAACAAUGUUGAUCAAUGAGUACAGAUGAUACAGCGAUUUAUGUCGUUGAUUGAGAAUGCAUUCCUUCGUGGAAAUCUUUUGAAUUUUAAUCUCGUUGACUAAAAGUUGUGAUGAUUGCUUUAGAAUUUACAAUGAACGUUGCUGCUCAGUGUUUACAUGACAAUUUUUUGACGAUUAUUAUUUGUGUUGCAUUGCAAAGAACGUAUAAAAUGACUUUAGAAUCUCUUCUGUGGAAUGUUUUAUUUUACUUUUUUAGCGAUAUUUAACUUUGUUUGUUAUGCAAAUGCAUCGUUAUGACAUCGCAGAGUUUAGCAACAUUUUAAAGACCAUCAAUUUCCCGCAUUUUUGGACCGUUUCAUGCACAAAGACAACAGUAUUUCGACGCAUGCGUACGUCGAUGACAUUGCGACAAACAUUUGUGAAUGUCGAAAGCAUUGCCAAUGCUAAACAAUGGGAUGUCAUAGUAAGUUUAUUUAGAUAGUGAAAAAAUUAAUUAUUACGAAAACGAAAUUGACUAACACUAGUCUAUAACGAUUCUAUUAAAGAAUUUAUUGAGGGAUUUCAAA